AUGGAAAGCUCUGUCUCUGUCGGGGAUUUACUGGGAUCGGACACGUUCGACCGUGACAUCAAGAGGUGGACCUCGCAAUGCGAGCGAGUACUUCUUAGACUCGGAGGCAGAGUUCUUGGAGAUCAUAAACAAGCCGAGACACAUGUUAUACAGAUCGCGGGAUCAUAUAUGCCCGAUUCGCCAGUUAAGUUCCGUAUCGACUACGAACCCAGAAUCGUGGCUUUGCCGCAAUUGCCCAAUGAAUUGCGGGAAGCCGUGGAGGAAGAGAUGCGUGCUUGCAACGAUGAUGCAACCGUUUCGGUUACGGUUGUGUACACAUUCGCCUUGGGAGAGGGCGAUAAAGCAAAGGGUACACUAGAUUAUGUAAAUGGAGAGGUACAAAGGAACGCGUUCAAAGACCUUCUAACAUACUCAGCAGAGGAUCUUAUUAGUGUACUAAAUAAUACAGAGUUUUGGAACUGA